UCAUUUAUCUGCAGGAAUGAUUGCAACUAUCAGUCUGAAGCUCACCGCCUGACUGAGGAGGUGAAAGUUGCGCCACAGGAAGAUAAACCGCAAAAGACAAUAUUGCACAUGAUUUGCGUGCGCAUCGGAUGAGCAGGAGAAGGAAAUUCCUCUCCACUAAAAGUAAAUAGGAAUAGGGGAUCGGAGUUCGCCUCGCACAGACUCAAGUCAGAGAAAUAGCAAGCAGAGACAGUUGCUAGAGAUUCUUCCUCUCUCAGUCUCCUCCGCUGCAGACUGAAGAUGCUCUUGGACGCAGGACCACAGUAUCCCACCAUUGGAGUGACUACUUUCGGCUCCACCAGACAUCACUCAACAGGCGAAGUUACAGACAGAGAAGUGGCUUUAGGUAUUAAUCCGUUCGCCGACGGUAUGGGCGCUUUCAAAAUCAACCACAGCUCCCACGACCUCGGCUCUGGGCAAACAGCGUUUUCCUCGCAAGCGCCCGGCUACGCCACAGCCGCCGCCUUGGGACACCAUCAUCACCCCACUCAUGUCAGCUCGUACUCCACCGCCGCCUUCAACUCCACUCGGGACUUUCUCUUUCGCAAUCGGGGCUUCGGAGACGCCACGAGCGCGCAGCACAGUCUGUUCGCCUCCGCCGCUGGAAGUUUCGCCGGACCACAUGGACACUCUGAUGCCGCUGGGCACCUGCUCUUCCCGGGACUGCACGAGCAAGCGGCCACGCACGCGUCCUCCAACGUAGUGAACAGUCAGAUGCGCCUAGGCUUUUCCGGGGACAUGUACGGCAGGGCCGAGCAAUACGGUCACGUCGCGAGCCCCAGGUCCGAGCAUUACGCCUCGACGCAGCUGCACGGCUAUGGCCCCAUGAACAUGAAUAUGGCUGCCCAUCACGGGGCAGGGGCCUUCUUUCGCUACAUGAGACAGCCCAUAAAGCAAGAGCUCAUCUGCAAAUGGGUCGAACCUGAGCAGCUGACGAAUCCGAAAAAGUCCUGCAACAAAACUUUCAGCACCAUGCACGAGCUCGUGACGCACCUGACCGUGGAGCACGUUGGGGGACCAGAGCAGUCGAAUCACAUUUGCUUUUGGGAAGAAUGUUCCCGGGAAGGGAAACCGUUUAAAGCAAAGUAUAAACUUGUGAAUCAUAUCAGAGUGCACACCGGAGAGAAACCUUUUCCGUGUCCGUUCCCCGGCUGUGGAAAAGUAUUUGCCCGAUCGGAAAAUCUGAAAAUCCAUAAAAGAACACACACCGGUGAAAAACCUUUCAAGUGUGAGUUUGAAGGCUGUGACAGACGCUUUGCGAACAGCAGUGAUCGCAAGAAACACAUGCACGUCCAUACUUCUGACAAACCCUAUCUCUGCAAAAUGUGUGAUAAAUCCUACACACAUCCCAGCUCCCUCCGGAAACACAUGAAGGUUCACGAGUCGUCGUCUCAAGGACCCCAACCCUCCCCAGCAGCGAGCUCCGGCUACGAGUCCUCCACGCCGCCCACCAUCGUGUCCCCUUCCACAGAAAACCAGAGCAGCAGUUCCAUAUCACCAGCAUCAUCCACAGUUCACCACACGAGCAGCCACAGCACCCUUUCGUCAAAUUUUAAUGAAUGGUACGUGUAAAUAUUUUCAAAAGACUGCAGAAUUAAGACUGCUUUGGAACCAAGACUCAAAAGUCAGCCUAUUCUCGCGUGGACCUACAUACACACACAAUGUGAAGAAUCUGAAAGGUUUUCCGAGACCGCUGUCUAGAGAGAGCAGUGCAUGGACGGGGUGUGCAACGCUCUUGGCAGCCUUUUUGUCGAUUUUUUCCUCCAUUUCUUUUGCUCUUUUCUUCUCUCUUUCUUUUUUUUUUCUUCUUCUUCAUAUUUUCGGAAGACUGCACAGAGAACUCAAAUUGCAUGCUACCAGCAGGUCACAUCCUGUUUUUUUUUUUUUUUUUUUUUUUUUUUUGUACAUAAAGAUUCACCUAGUUUAAAAUGUAAUAUUUUAUUUUGUAAAUAGUCAUAAUACAGUUUAAGGGAAUUUGUGAAAAAAUGUGGUCCCUAGAUAUAUGGAAAAUGAAAUGGUUUUACGAAUAUUGCGAUGAAUAGUCUUGACUGAAAAGAAUGUUAUAGUUUAUGUGUACCAAAUGUGAAUUACCCAGUAUUACCACAGUCUACACGUUUACCUAACCGAUUAGUAUUAAUGUGCUUUUGUAUCCAGUGCAACAUUUCGUCUCCAGUCCAGUCUGAGUAGCACAAAGUUGUUGUUAUUUAAUGUCAUGUCGAUAAACCGUGUAGUGAAAGCCUGAAGCUCCGUGUCAAUCUUGUUUAUGUAAGUGAUAAAAUAUAAAACUAUCUGUCUAUUGCAUUGGCAAUUGCAAGAAAUUAUUACUUGUAUAUAACUCAAUUUUCCAUAUUUAUCCGCAUGUAAAGGACCGGUAACACAUGUUUAGAGAUAAUCGGUAUUUAUGGAAAAUGCGUUCGUAGGGUAUGUAAAAUUUAGUUUACAAAAUAAUGUUUGGUUACUUUUCAUACAAUAUUAAAGAAUUAAACGUACAA